AUGACGCCUCGGCGCUCCUCUCGUGCUCGCACCUCACAACCAUCCCCAGCCAUCCUACAACAUACCAACUCCUCCAGCUCCUCCACCUCAAUGACUCGCGAACGAAGCACUCGCUCUCACCACAAGAUCUCCUCCCCUCAGCGAUCCUCCACCAACCGAUCCCAGUCGAUUGACGACGCCGACAUUGGCUCGAAAGGGGAUUACAGAGAGACGCGGCAGCGCCAGCGUGCUCGAGGGGAGGAGGAUAACGAUCAGAUGAAACUCGCCGACGGGGACGACGACGACGGUGAAGAUGAGGAGGACGAAGAGGAAGAGAUCACCCGCUGUCUCUGUGGACAACAGGAGUACCCGGGUCUGCCCCCAUCGCGUCGGGAGGCAAUUGGUCGCAAUGGACUGCGUGGUGGCAUCAAAGACGAGGCCCUCUUGGGUCUCUCUGCCGAUCCGGCUGAUUUGAUGUCGGACGACAUCGGCAGCAUGUUCAUUCAGUGUGAUUCCUGCAAAGUCUGGCAGCACGGUGGCUGCGUGGGUAUCAUGGACGAGGCCAUGAGCCCAGAUGAAUAUUUUUGCGAGGAGUGCCGAAAGGAUUUGCACAAAAUCCUCAAUGAAAUAAAUGGAUCAUACUCCUCCCAAUAUCUACCUGUCGCUCCCCCACCUCCCUCCACUGCCGUCUCGUCGAGAGAAUCAUCGCGCGAUAAUUCACGUCGCAAUAAAGACACAAAGUCAAGAUCGAAUGACGGAGCUAUCAAUCCUAAGCGCCGAUCCACAAUGAACAGCCGGGACGCAGCAUAUGAUGAGGAGGAGCAGCUGCGGCGUGCAAUCGAAGAGAGCAAGGAAGAAACGAAACCUGGGGAUGAACUUGUUGCACGGAGACCAAAAAGAAGCCGCAGUGAUAGCGAAGCUCAAAGACAAACCACGAAACGCCAGCGCACGAGCUCACCCUCACCUGGCGCAGUCUCCAAAAGCAAUCCCGUGUCUCAACAGGUCUCAGAAGAUGAGUCCAGGCCCAAACCAGUCAAUAAUGUAGCUCGCAGGCAACGGGCUGCAUCGCGCGGACAGCGCGAUAAGGAUUUCAAGGAUACCGAAGAACCUGAGUCUGAACCAGCAGACGCUGCAAACCGCAGGAAAGCCAGGUCCGACAAGGCGAAAGAUGGUAGGUUGUACGAGGCAGAGUCCGAAAAUGAGCCCGGCUCGCCAAUCAAGCCAGUUGCGACCGACCCCGAACCCAAACCACCUAGCCCUGAACUCACACCCGCCCCUGCACCAGAACCGGCACCAUCGCGUCCCGCCACUCGGAAAUCGGGCCGUCCACCUGCCCGUCGCGGGGGCCGCGUGGGCCGCAACCAAUACACUCGGGAUCGGGAUAUGAAUGGAACGGACUCGAACUUCUCGACCCGAUCUCCGCGACGCGGGCAGUCGCACGACAUCGGCAGCGAUUCGCCCAGGAUCAAUGGCUUACAUUUAAGUGGAGAGUCCGGCAAGCCCAGUCGGCCGCGCUAUGUGAACCAGCGCACCACCAUGAAUGAGAUGAAGAGACGUGUGACGGCUAUUCUCGAAUUCAUCUCACGGAUGCAGGUCGAAAUGGCUGUGACCGGGGAGAGCACAACGCCUCCCAACAAUGGUGCAGCCCGAGUCAAUGGCAGUUUGUUGGAGAGUGCACUGGCGCUGGCCGUUGGCGACAUUGACCCGGCCAGCGCGACGGCCUCGGACAGCGAUGCCGCCAGUGGGCCGACGUCGAUCGAGAAAGAGAAAGACUUCAAGGAACUGAGCAGCGUCGAAAUGAUGGAUGUACUCACGCGCCAUCUCCUCAAAUGGCAACAGGAGUAUGGCAAAGUUGGUGAACGCUGA